UACUCGGAGGAUAAACUAGUAAUUUUCUACUCCCCAAAAGAACAUCCUGGAACGUCAACGACGGAUUCUUCUCUCCCCACUGAGUUCAGAACAAAACAUUCUGAAAGCCUUCGCUCCUCUCGUUCCACCCCCAAAAAAAAUCAAUGGCCGCCAUGUCUCCCAAACCUUCGUCGUCCUACACCAAAUACAACAUCCGUACCCGGAAGCCCGACCCGAAAUCCUGCGCUCUCCUCGUGAUCGACGUCCAGAACCACUUCGCCUCCAUGGCCGAUCCGAUCCUCCCCGCGCUCAACGCCACCAUCCGCCUCUGCCGGCGCGCCUCCAUCCCCGUCCUCUUCACCCGUCACUGCGACGCCGACCCGUCCGACUACCCCAUGCUCGCCGAGUGGUGGGGCCACGACACCCGCAUCCUCGACGGCACCGGCGAGGCGGAGCUGAUGCCGGGGCUCGACCGGGGGGACGGCGACCCGGUGGUGAGGAAGCACACCUACAGCGCGUUCCGGGGCACGGGACUGGAGGAGCGACUGGCGGGGAUGGGCGUGAGGGAGGUGAUCGUGGCCGGGGUCAUGACGAACCUUUGCUGCGAGACGACGGCGCGCGAGGCGUUCGUGAGGGGGUUCAGGGUGUUCUUCUCGACCGACGCGACGGCGACGUCGAGCGAGGAGCUGCACGAGGCGACGCUCAAGAACAUGGCCUAUGGGUUCGCUUACCUCGUGGACUGUGAAUCCCUCGAAAAGGGGCUACUUGGGUAAACUUAGCUUUUCCUUUCUUCUCUGUUGUUGUUGUUCUUCUUCUUCU